AUGGCAUUUCCAAACAACAAUUUUGAUAAUUCAAAUUCAUCACUUGUCGCUGCGGCUCUUAAAUCAUUAACCGGUUUACCCAUUAUAUCACAAUCCCAAUAUUUGAAUCAAAUACAAAAUGGAAAUAAUAACGCUAUUUAUCAAAACAUAAAUCCAGUGUCUCUCCAUAGUUCUUAUUUAGCUGGUGGGGAAGUACAAAAUAAUAAUGACGAUUCUAAUCCUCAUUAUUCUUUGCAAGGAAACGAAAAUAUCAAUCAAGAUUAUUCCGAUUCUCAAUUUGUUUCUGAUACCUCUUUUUCUACUCAAGAAUCUUCUCACUUUUGUUCUGCAAAUAAUACACAAUGUUCUAUUGUAAAUCCGAAUAAUUUUAUGAUGUCUUCUUUACAGCAACAAAUUACUCAUCUUCCUCAACAAAUUUCUCAACAAAUAUUCCCUUUUCAAGUUUUUCAACUAGCUCAAUCACACAUUCCUCAACAAAUUCAAUCGCAAUUGUCUCAAAUUCAGGUGCAAUUUCCUCAACAAAUUCAAUCUCAGCAAUUGCAAACUCUUCACUCGCAACAAUCGCAACAAUCUCAAUUUGCUGAACCGCAACAAUCUCAAUUUCCUCAACAAAUUCAAUCGCAACAAUCUCAAUUUCCUCAGCAAAUUCAAUCGCAACAAUCCCAAUUUCCUCAGCAAAUUCAAUCGCAACAAUCCCAAUUUCCUCAACAAAUUCAAUCGCAACAAUCCCAAUUUCCUCAACAAAUUCAAUCGCAACAAUCUCAAUUUCCUCAGCAAAUUCAAUCGCAACAAUCUCAAUUUCCUCAACAAAUUCAAUCGGUACAAUCUCAAUUUCCUCAACAAAUUCAAUCGCAACAAUCUCAAUUUCCUCAACAAAUUCAAUCGCAGCAUUCACAACCAGUGUUGGCAUUGGACUCAUUUUAA